AUGUAUUUAUAUUCGAAUAAAUUAAUUCGAAAUAGAAAUAUCAUCUCAAAUUCUUAUACCACUUUAGUUAAUCUCAAUUGUUUUUAUUAUUCUGUUUCAUUUUUUAACAACAAUGUAACAUUAUAUCGAACUUUGUACAAUAAAACAUAUAACAAUUAUAAUAAAUUUAAUAAACGAUGGUAUUACUCAUUAUCAAAUGAAGAAAAUCGCAAUUGUAGCUCAAUUUCUGACUCCCUUAAUGAAAGACGAAAUAAUACUGAGAAUCUUCUCUCGGAAAAUAAGAAUUUUCUAAUUAAGGAUAAAACAAAUGACUUUGGAGAUGAUUCAGCCCAGAAGGAUCGGGAUUCUAACCUGAAUAAUUUAGCUGAGAAACAAAAUUCUGUUGAGAAUAUAAAUGGGUUGGAGGAUAGUGUGUUGAAAACUCUCAUAAAUGAAGGCUUCAAAGAUAUGGAUGAAUACAUAUUUGAAAAGAUUGACAAGUGUAUUUUGAAAGAUUUGGACAGUUUCAGCAUUUCGGAUAUCAGUAACCUUUUACAACUAACAUUGAAGAAUUAUUAUAGCCAGAAUCUAAUUGAGGCUUUGAUUUUGAAGUUACAGCAAUCUAAACCCUCGGACUUACACGUGGGAACGCUGGCACUGCUUAUACAAAAUUUAGGUAGAAUUCAGCCAGCAGACUUUCAAUUGGAAACUCUGAGUGAUUUUUUUGAUAAAACGUGUGAACAUUUAGUUAAACUUGAUAACGUGUCAGAAUCUCAUUUCUCUUCAAUUGUUUAUGGGUUCCAGAGACUACAUUAUGUAAACUAUGAAUUUCUCUCAGAAGUAGUGAAAAGAUAUAAGAAGGAUAAUAACUUCAAUGUCAACUCAAUAACAAUAUCACUUAGCUCAAUGGUAAAGCUUAACUAUUUCAACAUUGACUUGAUACUACACAUAUAUAGAAUAAUUAGUAAGUCACUAUCACACAUGACACUUCAAACAACAAUACAACUGUUAAACACGAUUUCUAAAAUACAUGAUACAAUUUCAAAUGAACACAAUGACACUAGAGUUGAUUCAGAGGAUACUAGUGGUAAAACAGACGAUUCUGAGGAUAGUUUAUGUAAAGAAUUGGAGACUGAAGAUGAAUGCAAAUUAGACGAUAUAGGUACUAACAUGUGUAUAGUUUCAGCUGAAAAGAAGAAUAAACUGUACAAAUACAAUUAUAAACUGGUUAAUUAUAUACUGAAAAUAAUCUGUAAAAAUUACUUGGAUCAGUUGAAUGUGGUUCAGAUAAGUAUAGUAUUAAACACGCUUAACAAGUUAAAUUUUAGGAAAGUAACAUAUUUAUCAAAACUAGUAAAUACAAUACCGAAUAAUAGUACCCGAGAUGAAGUGGUGGCAGAGAAAAAACCAAAAAAUCUAUACGCAUUCAGUUACCUACCAAAGCCACCAUUUAACUAUCAACAAACAUGCAAAAAACUACAAUCUGUUGAGCCAAAUAAUUUAAUACUGAUUUGUGACGCGAUCACGGGGUUAGAAUAUUAUACAGAAUAUAGCCUUAAUAUACUGUUCAUCAUUAAGGAUAUAAUUAACCCUAUACUACAUGAAUUAAAGUCUACUAACAUACUCAUGUACCUUCUGUCAUUCACUAAUAUUUGUUUUAAUAAUUAUCAAUUAAAUGAAGAAUGCAAGUUAAACACAAGUAAUAAGACAAAAAAGAUACCAGCAAGUGAAGUUAGUACCAUAUUAAAACUAUUAAACUACUAUGAAAAUUAUGAUAAUAAUUGGUAUGACAAGGAGAAUUCAAGGCAUAAUAGUAUGGACAAGGAGAUUGAGACACGAGAAAUAUUGUUAAAGAAGGUUAAAAAUAGGCUAAAUAGAAGUUAUUGGAAGGAAGAACUGGUAUUAAAUUGUAUGGAGAAUUUAAUACGCCAUUUAACAUAUAUCAAGUCGUCACCAAGUAUGCUGAGGAAGUUCAAGUUUUUCUACACACUCCUGAUGAAUAAUGUGUAUCUUCAAUCGUUUCCAAUUUACUAUAAUUUAGAAGACGGAAAAGUGUAUGAAGAAAGUGACUUAACAGAGAGAGUUUCAAUGACUAAUGCAAUACCGAUGGUGAUACCAGAGAAUCUGGUAGAAAUAUACAAUGAAUUGUAUGAUUCAAAAGAGAGUAAUGAACCAGAAGUGUUGGAAUUUGAUAAUAAAAGAAUGUAUGUAGAUAAACAAAUAAAUUGCUUUAAAUUAGAUAUACUAAUUGAAAAUAAAUGAGUUUAAUGUAGUAAAAA